CCUACAAUGUCCACUGGACGUCGCCCUACGCCCUACGUAGACGCUCAAACAGCUCUCAAUCUUUUCAACAAACAAGAUGCUACAAGUCGAGACCGUGUUUACCACGUCGGCCAGAAAAUCCAACUGACAGUAGACACGAGUCAAGGAGGAGACGGCCCGCUCUUCGCAACAGCCAAAGGAAUAUUCUCUGGCGCGAUAACUGAUGUAAGCAUCAAACAGUUAGGAAUUUCCAGUUUCUUGGUAGUGUUUGCACCGUCGGUAGCGGAUGAGUACAAGCUGGGAGUCACGUGGGGUGACCAGCCUGUGGAAGGAUCUCCAUUCAUAUUCAAAUUUCGUGAAGCGUCUGAACCGGACAAAGUGCGAGUGUAUGGAUUGACGGGUCAUCGCUUUGUCGCUGACGAGCCCGUCUCGUUUAAUAUCGAAGCUAGAGACGCUGGCAGUGGCGAAAUAGUCGUUCGAGCAACGGGGCCGUCACGUGGUACCGCUCGGUCACGUGUCAUCUUAGACGACCAGAACGACGGCACAUUUGUGGGAACGUACAUUCCAAUAGCACCGGGCGAGCACGAACUAUCAAUCACGUGGAGCGACGUGCCCGUUCCGGGUAGUCCAUUCAAAGUCCAAGUGCUAGACAAUGCGAAUUCGACAGCCAGCAAGGUGACUCUCCACGGUCCGGGCCUAUCCGGAAGAGUCCUUGAAAUCAACAAGCCCAUAGAGCUACUCGUCGACACGUCACUGGCUGGCAGUGGCGCGGUCACCGCGUCGGCCACCAACAGGUCGGGUUACCAACUCAAAAUCGACGUCUUCAAAACCGGACCGAAUUCGCAUCUCUUACGGAUAGAGGCGUCUCACCCGGAUUUCUACGACGUGUCCGUUCUAUACGAGGGCUCUCACAUCAGUGGGAGUCCUUACAGUGUCAAUUUUUCCAAACAGAUCGACCCGACUGCGUGCGUUGUGCGAGGAUUAAGAUCUGGGAAACUGACUGUAGGAGAACCGGUCGUGUUCACGGUCGACGCGGACGACGCUGGGCCUGGAGAGCUCGUCGUUCGCGCAUCGGGUCCGACCGCAGGUCAGCCGGCUCAAUUAGAGAUCACGGACAACGAGUAUGAUAGCUACACGGUAACCUACUUACCGACCGCUCACGGUACACACAAACUCCACGUGCUCUGGAGCCAGACUCCUAUCCCCGGUUCUCCGUUUCGAAUCGAUAUUCAACCCGCCGCGAGUGACCGAAAGACGGACGCGUCCAAGUGUCUCGUCUACGGUCCUUCUCUGCAGUACACCGGCCUUCGCAAGUUGAGCGACGUCUGCUCUUUCACGGUUCACACCGGACAGGCCGGACCUGGAAAUCUCGACGUCAAGGCGAGUGGUCCCGUAAAGAGCCAAUCGGAAGUACUAGUCGAAGACAACGGGAAUGGCUCCUACAACGUGACCCUCCAGCCUACAGCAGUCGGCGACUUCAAAUUGGAUAUUUUCUGGGGCGGCCAACCGGUUCCCGAGAGCCCGUUGGCGUUCCGUUACAUCGACCCUAAAAAGUGUCAAGCCCGCGGGCCCGGACUGACGCAAGCGUUUGUAGGUAAACCGGCGUCUUUCACGGUGGACACCUCGGGUGCGGGUCGGGCCACUCUGACCGCGUCCGCACUCGGAGAGAAGAGCCGUGCUGAUGCAAAGGUAAAAAAGAUAUCGACAAACGUGUAUAACGUUGAAUACGUCCCCGACACUCCGGGGGCCUACCUCAUCAACGUCCGCUGGGACAAACUGCACGUACCGGGUAGUCCAUUCAAGCUCGUCGUUCCCGACGUCGCGCAAGCGCAAGCGGCGCGCUGUCAGUUGGCGGGAGACAAAAUAAAUGACUGCGAGAUCGGUCAGGAAGUUCAGUUCUCUGUCCACGUGCCGGACACGAAUGAAGGAAAGCUGACAUGCACUGCGUAUGGUCUACACGAUACUGUAAUAGGUUAUAUGGUCGAUGAAGACGAAGGACGCGUCGCCAUGCGAUUUGAUCCUCCGACAGCAGGGAAAUACAAAGUGGGUGUGUAUUGGGAAAGCAGGCACAUCCCGGGGUCCCCCUUCAAGGUCACGGUUUUCCCACAACCAGACCCAACGAAAGUGCGUGCGUUCGGACCUGGAUUGCAGAACGGUAAAACGGGACACCCGGGAAGCUUCACUAUUGACACAGAAGAUGCUGGAGGUGGAGUCCUCGAAGUGAGAGUUCAGGGACCAAAGCAAGGUUUCCAGAUACAACUAAACCAAGAUUCCAACUCGCCGACUACUUUCUAUGGCAAGUAUGAUCCAACGCAGAGCGGAGAGUAUGACAUUGAGAUUGCCUUCUCGAGCCACCCAGUGCCAGGCAGUCCUUUCCAAGUUACCAUUACAGAUAACUAG